AUGGAAAACAAGAAGGCCGACCAGAGCCUAACCGUGCAGGAGAAAAAAACCAUGGGGAGGGCCACCUGGCAUUUGUUGCACACGAUUGCAAAGUACUAUCCAAGAAACCCAACCCCCCAGGAAAAGAAGGCUGCAAGCGGCCUAAUUGAGUCCCUUUCUAUUCUGUAUCCCUGCCCGCCCUGUGCAUCGUCGAUUGCCCACUUUCACAGCAGCAAGCUUCUAAAUGUUGAGAGCCAGCCCCUUUUUGCACUGUCACUGUGCGAGUUCCACAACUUUGUGAAUCUUAAGAUCGGAAAGCCGCUAGUUGACUGCCACAGCUACAUAGAGAAGCGCGAGACUAAGGGCGGGCGCAUCGCAGACAGAGUCACAGAGCUGAAAGCCUCCGUUGCGUCUGUCUGGAAUCGGGUAAAGGCGCUAUAUAACGCGGCAUAG